AUGGGCCCUAAGAUUCGAGUGGAGUAUAUCGACAGACCCGACCCGAACGCCCGGUGGGAUCGAAAGCAAGUCUGGGCGCCGGUGGCUUUCACCGUAGGCUGCAUUAGCGCUGGAUACGUGAUUACGAAGUUCCUCGUCAAAGAAGUCAAGGAAGUCCAAUCAGAAUUCUAUGAUUCACCGGUUGAUAACGAGGGAGCGGAACCACUCAAUCUGACGCCCCGGGAACGGAGAUUCAUAAGGUUCGCAUCCGUGGAAUUCGAAGGUCAACUUUUUAUGACGCCCCAGGAUUUCUUGGACUCGGUCACAGAUCUGGAUCCUCGACCUCGGAUAAGUCGGCGGAAAUUGAGUCGGAAAGAUUUUGACAAACUCAUAGAUUCAACGAUCCCGAAGAAAAAAGGCAGUACCAAACUAUUCCGAGAGCUGAACGAUGCAGGAAUCAUUUCGUACACCGAAUAUUUGUUCCUGCUGUCUGUGUUGACGAAACCUCAUUCCGGAUUCAGGAUAGCUUUCAACAUGUUCGAUACGGACGGAAACCAGAGGGUCGACAAGAACGAAUUUCUAGUGGUGAGUUUCGUAGAGGGAAUACGCGUGUGGGUGGAUAACGUGAUGUGGAUGCUCGCGAUCAAAUUCUUUAAGGGGCAGACAAGCCAGCUGAUGACAGUGGAUCUGAAAAAACUCGAGAGAAUUUUUAGUACUGUGGCUCGUCGGGGGAAAAACAUCAAAUCUGUACAGGAGACCGAUCUGAACGACCUAUCCGCUCACUAUGUGAAUACAACCCUGCUGGUUCAUCUGUUCGGUAAAAAAGGCAAAGACACGCUCUCCUUCGACGACUUCUUCAGGUUCAUGGAAAACCUGCAGUCCGAAGUGCUGGAGCUAGAAUUUAUAGAGUUCUCCAAAGGGAAAGCUGUGAUCAGCGAAGUUGAUUUCGCUCGCAUACUCCUGAGAUACACGUAUCUGGAUGCGGCGGGUUACGACGCCGUUCUCCAACGGCUACGGGAACGGAUUCCAGAACAGAAAGGGAUCAGUUUUGAGCAGUUCAAAGCAUUCUGUCAAUUUCUGAAUAACCUUGACGAUUUUGCGAUCACGAUGAGGAUGUUCACUUUUGCUAACCAGCCUAUCUCCCAGGAGGACUUUCAGAGAGCUGUCUAUGUUUGCUCAGGACAUAACCUUGAAGCUGCGCUGGUAAAUACGGUUUUCCAAAUAUUCGAUGAGGACGGCGAUGGCUAUUUAUCUUACAAGGAAUUCAUCGCGAUCAUGAGAGAUCGACUGUAUCGAGGUCUCAAGACGCAUCUGGGACCUGCGGAUGGCUGGGAUGCCUUCAAGAGCUGUGUCAAAGACGAGUUACGAUACGGCUGAAGGAUCUCGGCAACGUUGUUUACUUUAAGUGAUACCACGUCAAAGACUGCGUAGGAUUUCCGACUUGGAUCUCUCGUCCAAAAGAUUUCAAUCAAAUCAUCUAUCGGAGUAGCUGAAUGGCACAAGCCAGCUCUGGUGUACAAGGAUUGCCUAGGCUAACCAUUCACCGCGAUCGAUUCUCCAUACCACUGCCGUCUGAGAAAUCAAACAAUGCAUAGAUCCGGUCAACCACGGUAUCAUCUUAUCGUCCGCGAAUAUGAGUCUACAUCG